AUGGACGAUGAUCGAGCGAAAUAUCAAGCAAAGGCAGCCGUUGAUCGACAUCAAUCGAAUGUUUUACAAGAGUUGCCGACUGUAUCGGACUUGGAAACAUUAUUAGAAGAAUGUCGAAUGAUCGCAGAACCAACCGGUAUAUGUCCAGAUAAACCAAUGGAUCCUUUCAGUCAUGGACCACCACAUAUGCUUAUGCCUGAACAAAAGGUUACUGUCUGUUCUGGUGGUGAUAAUGCGGCAUCCGAUUCUCCUUCUACAAGUACGAGUCACGAAGAAGAUUUAUCAUCAAAUCGUAGAAUCGCUAUCACAAUAGCCAAAGGUCGGAAGGUUAAACUGUUAAAGCGAAAAGCAUCUGAGAAUGAAAAUGCUUCCGCGCGUCAGUUGAAAGUAAGACGUUGUGAUCUCCAAACUACCGAAGUAACAGAAGAAGAAGUGGAAUCUGUAAUCAAGGAAAUGAGCAAAAAAACGACACCACUUUAUUACGAGGCAUGGACAAUACCUUUGUGUAUUACUACCUAUCGAAAUACAACUAGAAUUCAGUGGGCAUUGACUUUUACAGGCGAGGAGGUUAGUGAUGAUUUAUACGAGGUUAUCGAAACGCCGCACUUCCCGGAUGAUUUGAAUUUCCGAAGGCGUUUGUGUGUAUUUCGUGAUCUGUGGAGGCGUGGUUAUUAUUUGACGGAUGGUCUGAAAUUUGGAUGUGAUUUUUUGGCUUACGAAAAUAAACCAUCACGUAUUCAUUCGAAGUACAUGGUAAGGUGUGUUGAUGCAACGGAUUCAAUGCAACCGCUCGAUAUGAUAGCAGUUUCUCGUGUUUCGUCGCAGGUCAACAAACUGAUUUUGAUCGCUGUUGUUUCGUUUGAUUCACCGUUCCCGUACUAUGUGCAGUGCUCCUGGUGGAAUUCGAAAAUGAAAUUUGAGAGACGUCGGGUUCAUUCUGCCAUUCGUAAGUUGUUCUAUUCCUUCUUCAAGUCACUAGUGGGUAAAGAUGUUGUUGUUGAAUUGAAAAAUGAUCUCAGUAUUUGCGGUACAUUGCAUUCAGUUGAUCAGUAUUUGAAUAUGAAAUUAACGGAUAUCUCGGUGGGUGAUUCUGAACGAUAUCCGCAUAUGUUAUCAGUGAAGAAUUGUUUCAUUCGAGGGUCGGUGGUUCGUUAUGUGCAGUUACCUGCUGACCAGAUCGACACACAAUUGUUGCAAGACGCGAGCAGAAAGGAAGUGAUGCAAGCGAAACGAUAG